GACAGCUGCCCCAAAGCACAUUAAACGAGCGCAAACAUCACCAUGGCAGCCCGUCGUGCCCUUCUUGACCUGCUUGAACGCGCCGUACAGCUUCUGCGCGAAGGAACGACGCCGGGCUGCACCAACCUCACGAAGCCCGAGCUGCGCGAAUUAGCGGCGACGGCACGAGCGCUCGCGGCGGGCGCUGAGGCCGAAAUCGAGGUGACUACCUUGCAGCAGCGCGUCCUCAACUACUACACGAUCCACGGCACGAGCUACGAAGGCUGCAACAUGAACGACGUCGCCGCGAGCCUCGGCAUCGACCUGGCCAAAGUCCGGUCGGCGGUGGACUUCCUGGAGGACGAGGGCGAACUCUACUCGACGAUCGACGAAGACCACCACAAGUUCACAAUGGAGGAGGAGGAGCUCGCGGCCGCGGCGCAGCUCCCGCUCCGCGAGGAGAAGAAGGACGUGUCCCGUUGUGUGGUUUGCAUGGAUGCCACUGCUAACAUGUCGUUUGUCCACGGGAACACGGCUCACUUGGCUACCUGCGAGGCAUGUGCGAAAAAAUUCAAAAGACAUAAUCAGCUCGGAGCAUCGGGAGCGGUCAGCCGCAUAUCGUCCCCGCCCGCCACUAGCAUUGCUGACAGAUGCCCCGUAUGCCGCCAAGGUAUCGAACGCAUUGCCAAGCAGUUCUAG